UAGUUUUUUUUCUUCUUCAUUCUCCGAGUGGAAACCCUAAUUUCGGUCCGAAAUGAGCCAUGGCGGAGAAAGAGCUGCAUCCGAUGACUUUGGGCGAGCCGUGGCGAAGCUAGCUGUGGCGCAGGUAUGCGAAGCAGCUGGGUUCCACGGCGCGAGAGACUCGGCUUUGGAGGCCCUCGCCGACGUCGCGAUUCGGUACCUCGUUGACCUGGGGAAAACUUCAGAGUUCUACGCCAAUCUCUCUGGUAGAUCGCAAUGCAGCGUGUUCGACGUGAUUCGAGGGUUUGAGGAUUUGGAAUCGCCGCGAGGGUUUUUACUGAGAGAUGUCAUGAAUUUCGUCGAAUCAGUGGAUGAAGUUCCGUUCGCUAACCCGAUACCUAGUUUUCCGGUGAUUCGGGAACGGAGGAACAUUCCGAGUUUCGUGCAAAUGGGUGAGACACCCCCGUCGAAGCACAUUCCAGCUUGGUUACCGGCUUUACCCGAUGCUCACACGUAUAUUCACACACCAGUGUGGGAUGAGAGGGUUUCUGAUCCUCGCGAGGAUAAGAUUGAACAAGCUAGGCAGCGUAGGAAAGCUGAAAGGUCGUUGUUGAGUUUGCAGAAGCGGUUGUUGUUGCGUAAUGGGUCAGUGGAAGCAGCAACACCAUCUACUUCUUUGGAUCCUGAAGAGGGGGUUGCUAAAGAGAACAAUAAGAAUAACAAUCUGGUUCUUCCGAGGAAUAAAGAGGAUUCGUCGGUUAAGGUUUCGGUUUUGGAUGAAGGUGGUGUUGAUGGGAACCGUGUUUCUGUGUUGGAUGCUUUUGCUCCUGCAAUUGAGGUGCUUGGGAGUAGGGGUUUUUGUGGUGGUGAUGAUGAUGAUGAUGAUGGUUUGGAAGGGAAGAAGAGUGAUGUUCCUGCUGUGAGGCCUACCGUGCAUUUCAAGUUCAGGACUGGGAAGAAGUUUAUUGGGGAGUCUUUGGAUACCAGGCUUCAGAAGAAGGAUGCAUCGAGAACGGCUUCGUUGGCUGGUCGAGAAGAUGAAAGGGAUGAUAAGAAGAGGAGGGCUGAAUAUAUUCUCAAACAGUCCAUAGAAAACCCACAAGAACUCACUCUGUUGUAGAUUGAUUAUUUUGUGUUUGUUGACUCACAUAUGAUGGAUUUGAAUUGAGUUGGCAUCGUUUGGAGGCAUAAGGGGGUGUUCGGAGAUUGAGGGCUUGCUGAUCUUCUGGUGAGGAUUUUGUGACUUACCUGUAGAAUCACUCUUAACAUCUUUUUAGAGCAGUUAAAUUUGUUUCUUUCUUGCUAGUUUAGCUGUAAUUUUCCUACGGAUCUUUGAAUAUAAAGCUCCUGUCCACAUCUCAUAUUGUAGUUUACACACCUAAUUCAAUUGAAUCAAUAUACUGAAUUUUCUGUGCCCAUGCCAUGAUCUUCAUGUUAUGCUGUAAUAGCUUAUUUUCUAAGGUUGUUGUUACUGUUAUCCUUGUCAGGGUUUGGUCUUGUUAGACCCAAAGAAUAGGCCGUUCCUAAUU